AUGCAUCUAUUACUUCUUAUAGUUUACAUCAUUGCAAGCAGGGACAUCGGCACCCUGGCUGCUCCAGCACCCAUUCUCAACGGGGCCUCAUCUCAAGAUGUCAACGAGAAGAAUGGCGAGAACAACAUCUUCCCCCGAAAGAUCUACCACCGAGCAGAUGAUCCGCAGAACCAGACGAGCGUGCUCAUAAGCCCUCCUCUAGGUACAGGUCCACUCAACUCGACAAUCGCCAAUGCCACAUCGGUGGUAUCUCUCAAUAUCACACUAUCCGCGGUGACUGCCUUGACGACCACUCCAGUUACUCUUACCUUGGCCAGUCCUUCCUCAGGGCCUUCACAAGGUCCCAUCGUCGUUACUUCGGAGUCUCCCCUGGUCUCACAAGGUCCACCAGUGAUCACAUCGGUAUCCCCUUCAGCCACGGUGAUAGCCGCAUCAACAACAGUACGAGUCGGCACCCCUAUUGCUCUCUCGCCUGCCGCCUCUGUCUCAGACUCCACACCCUCCCCCAUAAUCCUCACCUUAUCUCCACCUCCCCCAACACCCAUACUCGUCACAAUCACGCCGAUCCCAGUAAACACAGUGACGGUCAUCCUCUCUCCCAUCUCAAACCCUAGCCCCAACCCAACUCUAGCCAUUCCACCGCCUGGAAGUACCAUCACCGUCACAGCCCCUGUUGCGCUCUCGCCUACAGCAGCCGGCAGCACGAUCACCGUCACUCUCCCUACUGUCACUGCCUCACCUUCCGGCGCGCCAGCUAGUACGAUAACCAUAAGUCUUCCCACUGUUAUCGCCUCAGCCCCGGCACCACCACCAGUCAGCACGAUAACCGUCACCGUCCCUUUCCCCGCACCGCCCAUCUCAUUCAUCUCUACGAAAACCAUCACUGUCACUGGUUCACCCCCUUCUCCCGCACCCGGAGACACAACAAUCAUUGUCACCGGUCCACCCCCUUCUCCCACAAUCGGAGACACAACAAUCACUAUUUCCGCCAUCCCCAUCAGCAUACCUACCACCCCCUCGCCCCUACCUCCUCCUUCUCCAACCCCGGUCAUUCCACCAGCAGCAGGAGAGGAAGGAGGCCGUACUGUCACUCUUGUUGAGACGGUGCCCGUGACAUCAUUCUCCAAUGGAAUGCCUGUCAGCACAAUCUGGCAGGAGUCGACGUCCUUGGUGGUGAUUCCCCAGGUAGCCCCAGACACAGCUGUUCCCGCGCCUCCUCCUCCAUCCCCGGUUGCCAGCGAUAUUAACACGGCGAUGACCACGCCAGCGCCGGUUGUCCCAGGAGGGGUGCUUACAGUGACUGUUACCGCCCCCCCGCCACCGUCGGUUGUCCCAGGAGGGGUGCUCACAGUGACUGUUACCGCCCCCCCGCCACCUUCGGUCGUCCCAGGAGGAGUGGUGGCAGAUGCUUGGACUACUGUCGUUUUUAGUGCAGAUAAUACCGAAGGGGUCCCCAUCCUGACGACCGUGGCACUGGCAGCAGCUUCUCCACCUUAG